UUUGGAACUAGAAUGAGUGUAUAAUAAACUCUAUUAAAAUGAAAAUAGUUUGCACAAUUUUACUGUUUGUAUCAUUUACAGGUAUUCCGAUAAGUGGAUGCGAUACUAAGGAAAACUUGAUAGUUGAGGUACAUUCUGGGAAAAUUCAAGGACAUGUAUUAAAAAGUGGAAAUGGCAAAGAUUACUAUGCAUUCCAAGAAAUACCUUACGCAGCGCCUCCGAUUGGAAAACUUAGAUUCAGACUACCCCAGGAACCCGAGAAAUGGCCCGGCGUUUUACCCACCACCAAAAAUACAAAAGUUUGUUACCAGAGUAAUGCAUAUAAUCUCAACAAAACCGAAGAUUGCCUUUAUUUGAAUGUUUACACACCAGUGAUACCAGGAGGUAACGAAUCAUUACCCAUUUUAUUCUGGAUACAUGGCGGAGGAUUCAACUGGGGAUCUGGCACAUACGAUGAUUAUGGCCCAAAAUAUCUCAUGGGGCAGGGUAUUAUUGUAGUAUCGACUAAUUACCGCCUUAAUCCCUUCGGCUUCCUUAGCACCGAAGACGGAGUAAUACCAGGCAAUUUAGGUAUGAUCGACGUGCAAUUUGCCCUUAAGUGGGUACAGAAAAACAUCCAUCUCUUCGGAGGAAACCCGAAUCAAGUAAUUAUCGCCGGGGAAAGUUGCGGUUCAAUGGGAGUCAAUAUGCUUCUACUUGGCCCGUGGAGUGAUGGAAAACCUCUCUUUCACGGUGCUAUAAUGGAGAGUAGUUCACAAUUAGGGGGCGUUUAUCAAGUGAAUGCCAGAGAAAACGCCUUCGCUCUUGCUCGACGCGUAAACGCAUCAUUUUCUUCUAACGAUUCGUACGAGUUGUUGGAAGUCCUGCAAAACGCAUCAACGGAUGACCUGUUCCAACCGAAACUGAUCAUGGGAACCACUACAGAAAAAACCGGAGAUUUUUCUUACCCGGCACUUCAAGCGUACAUGGAUGGAAAUAUUAAGAAAGUUCCUCUGUUGAUCGGCAUAAAUUCUGAAGAACGAAUUACGUCUGUUUCUUCCAUAAGUGACGACAAACUGGCCGAGAUGGACAAAGAUCCGAGUCUGUUAAUUUCACCAUGGAUUCACAUGUCUCCUGAAAAUAGAACAAUAGCGGGAAAGCUACUGAAAAAAUUGUAUACCAAUAAAACUUUUGUUGAAGAUCAUGCUGCUUACAUAAGAUGGGCCACAGAUAUAGACUUUGCUACUCCCACCGGCAAACAAGUUCAACUAGGAGCAAAAUACGCCCCUAAUUACUUAUACAAGUUUUCGUAUUGGGGAGAAAUGGGGGCCAACCAUUUCCAGAAAAACAUGUUACCAGGUGCUGAGAGAGUUGGUCACAUGGAGGAACUCCAUUAUUAUUGGGUAUUUGAAAAUAACGACGAUUUGAGUAAAUUCCCGCAAGAAGAUCAAAAUACAUUGUGGAGAAUGAUCAGAUUAUGGACUAACUUCGUUAAAUAUCUAAAUCCAACUCCAGUAGAAGACCCUCUACUAUUCAAUAUUACUUGGCCAACAUCAAAACCUGAUACAUUGGAUUAUCUGAACAUUAACAGUACGUUUAAAAUAGAGCAAAAUCUGAGAAUGUACAAGGAAAUUAGCAGCAUUCUUGAUAAAUACAUGGAGCCGCCCUACGAGGCGUACGGUCAUAUUUAAUUUAAAUUAAUAAAUAAAAAAUUUCG